AUGGCAGUUGGUGGUCAGAAAAAAUCCGCUAAGCCUGGAAAGAAGGGAGGGAAGAAGAAAACAGGUGAUCCAUUUUCCAAAAAAGAAUGGUAUGAUAUCAAAGCACCAGCUAUGUUCACUAAGCGAACCUGUGCAAGGACACUAGUUACUCGGACUCAGGGUACUCGCAUUGCAAGUGAGGCGCUCAAAGGUCGCGUGGUUUCCCUCAGCCUCGGAGAUUUAAGUGAGAAAAACGAGGAAGUCUUCCGUAAAUUCAAGCUCCAAAUCGAAGAUGUUCAGGGUCGUCACUGCCUGACAAACUUUCAUGGUCUUGAGCUAACUCGAGACAAGUUGUGUUCAGUUGUUAUUAAAUGGCGGUCGACCAUUGAGGCACAUGUUGAUGUUAAAACUACAGAUGGAUACCUGCUGCGUUUCUUUAUCAUUACAUUCACUCCAAGUGCACCAGGAAUAGAAAGGCGGCGCACCUAUGCUCAAACUACACGCAUCAAACGGAUUCGUGCUCGGCUAGUCGAAAUUAUUCAGCAGGAAGUCUCAUCCUGUGAUUUGAAGGAAGUUGUUAAUAAACUUAUCCCAGAUUCUAUUGCACAAGAUGCACGCAAAGCAGCAUCGUGGAUAUAUCCAUUAAGCGAAACGUUCAUACGUAAAGUAAAGGUCCUUAAAAAGCCUAAAGUUGAUCUCGCUCGACUGAUGGAACUGCACGGAGAAUCGAAGUCAGUUGCUCCAGGGGAAACACUUUCUCGUCCUGAUCACUAUGAGCCUCCAAAAGUUGAUUCAGUUUAG